GUCAGUGAGCAUGGAGCUAUGAGCAGCUCCAAGCAGUCGGCUGACAGACAGCAGCAGCUGUGUGUGUGUGUCUGUGUUUUCAUUAGCUCUGCUCCUGAAAUAGAGCUCCUCCUCUCUGUAAACACUCAGAACCAGUCUGGUCUCUAAAAGAACAUAUCUUCACUGAACUCAACAAUCUGAUCUGGUCAGAUGUUCCUCAUCGUCCAUCGCUGCUCCUCUGUUACAACGCUGUGAAGGUUUUGAUUCCUCAGGUUGGUGACUUCCCAUUGUUUUCUGCACGAUUUCUGGACCUUGCUCUUCAAAGAAUCCUCCAAGACUGUCAUCUCCAGGAAACCACCCACAGUUGCUGCCAGCAGCUCAUAUGUCUACUUCAAUUCUCUGCCUGCCCGCUUUCCAACACUCUCUAUUCAAUUCCCGCCUGGAUCAUGGACCUUCACCGUUGUCAUUCAAGUCAGAAGUACUUUGGAUUCAACUGACCUCUGUUCCUCAAGCCUCCACCAGGAUAAUUUCUCUCCUCAAAGCUCUACCUUCAACCUCAGAACAGUAGACAGAACUGGUCCGCCUCCCGGAGCUGAGAAACAUCUGGACAAAAGAACGUGGGCUGCACUGUAACAUCACAAAUCUGGACCUCUGCCAUCCAUCUAGACAGAAGAAACUCUGGGGGAUACGAGCAAGAGGACAUCAGAAUCUGGCUUUAGGAGAGUAAUAACAAAAACACCACUGGGGAUAGAAACGCACAGACAUAUGGUGGCGGUCUGAGAUCAGCCUGGUUCCAGGUGUAAACACCUGUCUGGGGGAGAAGAAGAGAAGAAGGAGGUAAUGGGAGGGAAUUUGUGCAGGGAGGAGGUGAAGGAGGAGAAAGGGAAGAGCCUGGGCAGGGAGGACAGCCUGACAUCAGCAGACAGAAUCCGAAGAUUCACCACCAGACAGUCUGGAUACAACGUCCUGAGCCUGGCUCGCCGUGGACUGAAGGACAUUCCAGGUGAGCUUUGGGAGCUGCUGGAGCUGGAGAAGCUGAACCUGUCACUCAACAGUCUGAAGGUUCUCCCUCCUCAGCUGGCUCUGCUGUCCAACCUGGUGGUUCUGAAUCUUUGGGGGAACCAGCUCAGCAGCCUGCCGGCACAAAUAGGAGAACUGAGAAGACUCCGGGUUCUGUUCGUCUACAGAAACAGACUGACGGAAGUCCCUGAAGAGCUGGGAGCCUGCACACAGCUGGAGGUUCUGAGUCUGGCCAACAACCAGCUUUCCUCACUGCCAUCUUCUCUGUCCAACCUGACCGGACUCAGGAAACUCAACCUCAGUCACAACCUCAUUGCUCAUGUUCCAGGCUGUGUCUACAACAUGAAGGCCCUGGUGUUCCUUGAUCUGUCCUCUAACCGUCUGGAGAACCUGGCUGAGAACAUCCAGGCUCUGGUGGAGCUCAAGAUCCUCAUCAUGGAGGGAAACAGCCUACAUUCUCUGCCCAAAGCCCUCUGCUUCCUUACCAGAUUGGAGUUGCUGAAUCUGGACUUUAACGACAUUAAGGAUGUUCCUCAGGAGAUGCAUCAGCUGUCCCACUUGGAGAAGCUGGCCUGCCAUCCUCUGGAUAAAGGACUCCACAUCAUCCACAACCCGCUGCUGAAACCUCUGAGGGAGGUGAUGGAGGGGGGGCUGGGUGCCCUUUUCAGCUACCUGAGAGUUGGCAGGGAAUAGGGGCGGGGCAUCCUAUACAUUGAGAAAAAAGGGGGCAGGGACUGUAACACCUGGGAUCUCGAGAUAAACUGGGGGUGGAGACUUUUUACUUCCUGAGGACCUGACAGUGAAGCUUUCUAACUGUGAUCAGUACUUCAGACCUACAGACUACAAACAUGGAGGCAGAGUUUUUACCCACCUGCGGGAUAGGUGUUGAAGAGCGGGGAGCUUCACCUUUAUAGGAUGGUAAACAGCAGCCUGGGUCAUGUUCAUGCUGUUCCUGCUCAGGUUCUUAUAAUGUUCUACCUGGUACAUCUUAAAGAUGCUUCAGUUUGGGAAGAUUGCUGUCAUCCAGAGCCUAAACAGAACUGUCUCAACACCUUAUCUACUGGGGUGAAGAGAGCAUCCUCCUCACAGUUACACGGGGUGAAAUUUCCCUUUUAGUUCUUUUGGGUCCGUCAGCAUCUUCCGAUAUGGAUCAUGCCAAAUUAACCCGGACUGCUUGGACAAUAGGAUCUCCAGUGUUAUUCAUUGGUUCAUGUGACAGCCGGCAAGACUGCCCACUCCCUUGGACCUGAGGUGUUCCACAAGUGCCUACAGUUGGACCGGUCCUUGUCACAUUGAAUUGGGCCUUCUUACACAAUAAAUGUAGUCAUGUGUGUCUUAUUAGCGUUAUCCUGAUGACACACAGAUCUCCAUUUCCCCGAAUCCUGAUGAUCUUAAAGAUCUCACUGCUAUGCACCAAUGCUUGCCAGAGGUUAGUCACCGGGUGGCUCUCCAUUAUCUCCAAUGAAACCAAAAUAAAACAGGUGUACUUAUUUUUGCUCCAGAGGACAAUAGUAUUGUCCAAUGCCUUGGGGACUUAGGUAUAAAUAUAAAACCGCCUGCAGUAAAUUUCUUUUUGCAGAAAAUGAUCUAGAAACCAACUUUAGUAUACAUACACUGCUAAUCUAUCUGCAAAUACUCUACAUUAAACUUGAAAGUUCCGUUCAAGUAUAAAUGGAUUACAUUUCUCUGUAUAUUGGAGCGUAAUAAAGCCUCUUCUUUGAACUAUA